UGCAUUUAUUUCGUUUCACUUGGUGACAUUACUCCGGUCACUACUGACUAAACUUGUUACGAUCACUAUCCAAAUGAAAGGGACAGAUGUUUCUUUUAACUUAAGUCGGGUAGUACUUUUACAGUAGGGGCUUGGCAGUUAAGAUCUAUAUAAUCCAAAAGCCAUAAUGGGUGAAAGAACGUUGAUUCUCGAGGGUCUGCCGGAUUAUUUAGACCGCGUGAAAUCAAAACUGGAAUUAUAUUUUAAAAAUAAGAGGAGAUCAGGCGGAGAGAUUUUGCAGAUUCGGGAGGACCCUGAAAACAAACGAAAAGCGCUGCUCAUUUACGUGAAUGAAAUGGAUUUAAAGAAAGUUCUUGAAAAACGAGUCCACCGAAUCGAUUUUAAAGGCAUUGGCGUCGUCGAACUAACAGUUAAACUUCUGCAAGAGCAAUGUACUGAUGUUGAAAGAGUUACAGCUUCUGUACCACCUACAAGUCAGCUACAAACGCUUGAACAUAGCAAAGUAGCGCAAGGCACUGGCGACAAGGCUGGGACUGAAAUUCACAAAGGAAAUGAAAAGAAUACCAAUGCACUUAACUUGCUCAUCAGCACGGUGGAAUCAAUUGAAAAAGAUACUCUUACAAUGUAUUUUGAACAGUUUACAGAGCACGUUGAAAUAAUAAAUCAUGGACAAAACAGCUGGAUCCUAAAGCUAACCAACCAGACAGAUUUACAGAAAAUUCUGACACAGGAAGAGCAUGAAUUCGGUCUGUCUGUGGAGGUGUAUAAAGAAGGAUAUGUGGCAGACAAAUGGGACCCACAUCGUUUCAUCUUAACUGGGUUCAAAGACAGCUGCAAAUGUAAACUGAUUACAGUGUUUAUUGGUAGCUGCAGUCAAAAAUCAGAUCAUACAUGGGAGCUUCUAGAUGAUGACAGAAUUGUGGUCACCUUCAAAGAAGAUAUUGAUGCACAGUCAUUCUUGAAGAAGUGUGCGAGUAAAAGGCUACAGGACAUGGAGAUUGCGGCCAUUCAGUUAGAGCUCACGGAUUCAGUUCUGGUACAGGGGGAUCUGAGCAAAAUUAAGGAAGAUAUUCUUAAUCUCUACUUCAGCAACAAGAAAAGGAGUGGAGGAGGGGAAAUUAAGUCCUUAGUAUGGGUUAAGGAAAACAACAGUGCGAUGAUAUCAUUUGAAGAUUGUUACGUUGCACAACAAGUCGUGGAGCAGAAGCAUCAUCUCUGUAACACAGAGCUUAGCACUUUGCUUUACUAUCCAUGUCAGAAUAAGGGUUUGAUGGGAAAAAUGCCUUCAUUGUCUAACAUACCUACAAGCAUAAUCGUUCCUGUUGAAGAGAACAUCCUCAGUUUCAUUGAAAAAAACGAACAGCACAAAAAUGACUUUCAAAAUCAGCUUAAGAUGGUUCAUGCUAAUGUCACUUUUGACAAGACCACAUCUCCCAAAGUGAUUGUGCUGGAGAUGGAUAUAGACAAAGAGUCUUUAGGUGCAUUGCGAGUUGGUCUCACUUGGGAGAGCAAGGCCAGAAAUGAAGCACUAGCCUUCCUGAGCAAGUACAGCAUGGCUGAGCUGGAUCUUGAGGUCGAGGUGUGGAAACGAAUAAAGAAUGAAUGCCUCCAAUUACUCACUUUUGAUGUUAAUGUUUCAUUCAUGGAGGACAAAUGCAAAAUUGUUGGACUUAAAGAACAAGUCAGUACCAUUUUAUACAAGAUUAGGAAUAUUCAAAAGGUUGCCACUGCAGAUUUAGAAGUAGAAAGGAACACUGUUGAUAAUGUGAUUCAAUUUGAUUCAAAAGAGAUGUUUGAGUUGGUAGCACAAAAUGUACAUUCCAAAAUUCAGAGUGUGAAUUUUUCUAAAGAUGAAAGUACUCUGACCUUUCAUCUUAGAGGUUUGAAAGAUAAUGUAAGUGAUGCUGAGAUGGUCAUCAAGCAAUCCCAGGACAAUGUUAUCUUUCAACACUUGAAACUUUCAACUCAUCUGCUUCAGUUUCUGAAGAACUUAGAUCUAAAGAAAUUUGAGCAAGAUCAUUUUGUGACAAACCUUAUUCCAGCUUCCUUUCUGAGCAAUGGAGAUCUUUUUGGCAUCCUUGUAGAAAAAGAAAAUGUCAAGAAAGUUGAAAAAAAAGUUGAAGAGAUCAUUAAAGAGGAGGUCAUCCAUCUUACACCUGAUCUAACUACUAUGAUAAACAGUGAAAACUGGGUGUACUUUCUAAAGUCACUUAAAGAUGAAGUGGAAUUAAGCCAUAAUGCUCACAGUGUUAGCAUAACACUUUCAGAGCUACAAAUUAUUAUUUGUGGAUAUGCUCAAGUAGUGGCAGAUCUUUCACAAAAAGUGAAACAUUAUCUGGAGAAAAAGACACCAGCAACUGAAGAUGUCCAUUUGAAAUCUCUUCAAGAAGUGGAGUUUGUUGACUCUUGUAUGAAUUUUUCAGAAAUCCCAGAGUUCUGUAACCUUGGCAUAACCAUACAUGCUUGUAGAACACAGAACUCUCCUUGUCUAAAGAUUACUACAACAAAAGAAAACAUCCAGAAUGCAAUAAGUUUGGUGAAGAAGCAUGUGUCCUCCAUUUGCAUGGAGAAGCAAACUUAUUCUAAAGCUGGAGAGUCAAAGGUCAUACAUAAACAUGAGGCCAAUGUUAAUGCCAAAGCCAGGGAGUGGCAUUGCAAGGUUUACUUAUCAACAAAGAAUGUGUGUGCAGUCAGCUACUCCCAUAAAAUAAGCAACUGCAUCACUUUAACAAUUGCAGAAGGUGAUUUGCUGCAUUGUAUAGUUGAUGCUUUUAUUUGUCCCAUGAAAAGAAACCUAGCUUUUGAAAAUCCCAUUGCCAAAGAGUUCCUUCAAGUUGCAGGUUCUCAGAAUCAAGAAGUGUGUAAGAAGAUCCAGAAACAAAUGCAAACUUUACUAGCUGGGGAUGUAGUCCUCAGUGACCCAGGAAAUCUCCAAGCCAAGACCCUUAUUUAUGCUGUGUUACCUGACAGUGGCCAGUAUUUGAGCUCUCAUUACAUGGAAUCAGUCGUUCUUGAAAGUCUCCGGGAAGCAGAAAUUAAAAAUUGUGCUUCUAUUGCAAUGCCAGCAAUUGGCUGUGGGACUUUUGGAUUUUCUGUCAAAGAAAGUUGCAUGGCAAUCAGGGCAGCAAUACAGAAGUUCAGCAAUGAUAAUCCAAAUUCCACAACAAAUAUGAAAAACAUAUUUGUGGUAGAUUCUGAUGUGAAAACAGUGAAAGAAUUCAACACGACCAUUGCUCAAAUGGGUUUUUCUAAUACAUCUGCCCAUCCAACAAGCACUGCAUCUCAAUCAGACACUGAAGUGACUGUUCAUGGAGUGUUGGUAUCUCUCAAAAAAGGAGACAUCACCAAAGAGACAGUGGAUGUCAUUGUUAAUUCCAAUAACAUAUCAUUGGAUCUUAACACAGGUGUUUCUGGUGCAAUUUUGAGUGGAGCUGGUAAAUCUGUUGAAGAUGAAUGCAAAAAGCAUGGUCCUCAAAAACAUAAUGGAGUGGUGUUCACAAGUGGUGGUAACCUUUCAUGUAAGCAUAUCGCUCAUAUGGUUGGGCCCAAGAGUGCUGAUGAUAUUGUAGUCUCCAUUGAGAAAAUCCUGAACUUGUGUGAAAGCAGUAAGGCUGCCAAAGUGGCCGUCCCUGCGAUUGGGACAGGAAGAGGAAGUAUUGGAGCAAAAGAAUCAAUCAAAGCUAUAAUUGCUGGACUUGAAAACCAUUUGACAAAGUCAAAGUCAUCCUGCCUUAAGGAAAUCAUUGUAGCAGUAUUUGAGCAAAAGGUUUUGGACGCAUACUGCAGUUAUUUCAAAGAGAGGAUCAAGAAGCCAUCUGCUACAAGGACACAAACAGCACAUAGUACAAUGCCUGCAAAUCAAGUCAAAAUUGCAGGUGUAAGGAUUGAGGUAAAGAAAGGUAACAUCACCAAUGAAACUGUCCAAGGAAUUGUCAACACCACCAAUGACCAGAUGAACUUGAAAAGAGGAGUAUCAGGGGCCAUAUUCAGAGCAGCUGGACCCUCUGUUGAGCAAGAAUGUCAAAAACAUGGGAAACUUCAGAGUGAUACAACUGCAGUAACCAGUGCUGGAAAUUUACAAUGUGAUUACAUCAUUCAUAUGAUGGGACCCCAUUCUGCAGUGGAUGCCACCUUACGGGUGAAGAAAGUAUUGGAGCGAUGUGAAGAGAAGCAGAUCAGAACUGUUUCCUUUCCUGCUGUUGGCACUGGUGGGGGCAGGCUUAAGAAUAUGGAAUCCAUUACUGCCAUGCUACAAGGCUUUGAAGAGCAUUUAUCUAUGUGUGCCUCUACUGCUAUUAAACUCAUCUAUGUUGUAAUUGACCAAGAUGAAGUUCUGAGUGAGUUCCUGCAAGGUCUGAAACAAUGGGCUGCAAACACCCAGGAGGACAGUGACGAUGAAGAUGGUGAAUUGGAGGAUGAGGAAUUUGAAUCAUGUUGCAGUUUGGAUGAAGAUGAAGAAGAAGAGAAUGUGGGAAAUGCAAAUCCUACAGAAGCACUUAUUGGUCCAGUCAGAGUGAAAGUGUUUUGUGGUGACAUCACAAAACAGGCAACAGAAGCAAUUGUGAGCAGCACUAAUACCAGCCUUAAUCUACGCUCAGGUGUAUCAGGGGCUAUUCUUAAAGCUGCAGGACAGAGUGUUGAGGAAGAGUGCAAGAAAUUUGGUACUCAACCCAGUAACGGUGUGGUCCUUACCAAAGCGGGAAACCUUCCGAUUAAGAAUAUUGUUCACAUGGUUGGUCAGACCAAGGAGAAAGAAAUUACCAGGUCCAUGUAUAAAGUUCUAAAGAAGUGUGAAGAAAGCACUAUUCAGUCAGUCUCUUUUCCUGCUCUUGGAACUGGAGCAGGGAACUUAGCAGCAUCUCAGGUGGCAAAUGCCAUGAUUGACGCUGUGGCCAAUUUUUCCAUUGACUCACCAAUAUUUUUAAAAAGUGUCCAUAUUGUCAUUUUCCAACAAAAAAUGUUGCAAGACUUUCAAGAAGCUCUGAAGAAGUUUAAGAAAAUCUCCCUGAGAAGUUUAGGCCAAACAAAACAAACCCAGGUAGGAUCAAACCCAGUCAACCCACCAUUGUGCCUUGCUGCUGCGACAGCUGCAGUGACGUUCCCUGUCACGAAUGUUGAGGUAUAUGGGCUCUCUAGUGUUGACCUUGCCAAGAUCAAAAAGUUCCUUGAAGAUCUUAUUUCUGAAGAGUGCACCAGCAAGGAAAUCCAGUCCUCCCACCUGGCAAGUCUUCCUAAAGCUGAGAAAGAGGCCAUUGUAGCACUCAGCCAGAGCAAUCAAGUGUGUGUGCUUGUGGCUGCCCCAGACAAGUUGACUGUGUCAGGGAAGAAGGAUGAUGUUUUAGAUGCUGUCUUGAAGAUCAACAACUUCCUUCAGGCAGCCAGGGACAGGGAGACUCAGAAAGGUGAGGAGAGGAGACUGAGGGAAACUCUUUGCUGGGAGAAGGCAGAAGGUGAUGCAUGGGUAUCACUGGAGUCCAGCAUUAGCUACCAACUGGAACUAGCAUUCCACAAGAAAGAGCAGAUGCUUACGUACCAGGAGAAAGGAGACACCUAUACAGUAGACUUCAAGGAGAUGAAAGUGGUAAACAUAAAGGGGAACACCUGUAGGAUCAAAAGGACCCUGCUGGGGGACUCAGAGACAGCCAUUAUUCAGUCUCCACCAACCUGGGAUAAAAUGGAUGGAAGGGACCUGGAAAUAAUUACUCUCCUUGAAGAUACAGAAGAGUACAAGAAAAUAGGGAAAGACUUUUUACACUCAUGUAAACUUCAAAAUAUAGCUGCUGUCCAAGUUGUGCAGAUACAGCGAAUCCAGAGUCAACGACAAUGGCAAAGAUACUCUGUGCUGAAACAGGCAGUUGAUAAGAAAUAUCCCAAACAGAAAAAUGAACAGUUUCUUUAUCAUGGCACUACCAAGGACAUUUGUGAGAAAAUAAAUAAGAAUGGUUUUAAUAGGAGCUUCUGCGGGAGAAAUGCUGUUGUUCAUGGUGAUGGCACCUACUUUGCCAAAGAGGCCUGGUACUCCUGCCAGGAUCGGUACUCAAACAAGGAUGAGAAUGGACUCAAAUACAUCUACAAAGCCAGAGUUGUGACUGGGUUACCAUGUAAAAGUCGAAAAGGAAUGAAGGAGCCAGACCCCCUGGACCCAAACGACCCCAAGGCUGGCUUAUAUGACUGUGCGGUGGAUAAUUUACAAUGUCCAUUCAUCUUUGUGGUGUUCUGUGAUGCAGGGGCCUACCCAGACUACCUCAUCACCUUUAAGAAUGUAUAACUCCACAACCUUUUGGGGUUUUUAAUACUUCAGCUUCCUUUGACUUAUGUUUCCCAGGCCUAGACCACCUAAGCAAUAACAAUGAUUUUAAUUAUUUCUCACUCUGUGUAAUACUUACACUGAUUUACAAAAUCAAAUGAAGAUUAGUAAAUACACUUAAAGCAAAAUAAUACCUAAAUAUGAAGGAUCUGAAGGAUUUAAAAAAUCAAUUAAUUAAAUGUGCUUUCACACUUAAAUACAAUAAAUAGAACUGAAGAAUCUUA